UCAAAACAUGAGGAAUCUUUUUGUAAUUUGAGAAUACCUCAAGGGCGUGGCCGUAAUUUACCCUGAAUAUAAUAUCACUCCUUUGAAUUCUUCAAAGUGACAUUUCUCUUGCAAGAUGAACAUGUCUUGUCUCUCAUAUAUAUAUAAUUUAUCCUAUAGUUGAAAUCUGAAUUUCAUAUUGAUCAGAUUUUCCAUUAACAAAAAACAAGUGGGCAAAAAAUUUAAUUGCAAUGGACAAAAGGCUGAUUGAUGCUGCUAAAAAGGGAGAUGUCGAAAAACUCCGAAAUCUGAUCGAAGAAGAUCCUUUCUUGUUGAGGUCCGUUUCGUUAUCCGACGAAGAAACUCCGCUGCACAUUGCUUGCAUCGCAGGUCAUCUCGACUUCGUCAAAGAGCUGCUGACUCACCGGCCUGGAUUCGCCGAAGAGUUGAGUAAAGACGGUUUUACCCCUCUGCACGUCGCCUCGUCUUGCGGCGACGUAGGGAUUGUGAAGGAGCUGUUGAAAGUCGGUGGGAGCCGUCUUUGUUUGUUGAAAGGGAGAGAGACGAGAGUCCCUCUUCAUUGCACGGUUUCGAAAGGCAGAGUUAAGGUUAUUACGAAGCUGCUAUCGGCUUGUCUGGAUUCGAUCGCGGAAGUUACGGCUCGUGGCGAGACUUGCUUUCAUCUUGCUGUGAAGAACAACCGAUUCGAAGCUUUUAAGACCCUUUGUGAGUAUGUGGUCUCGUUCGAUAAAGAGGAUUUAUUGAAUAAGAAAGAUGAACGAGGGAACACCGUUUUGCAUCUUGCUUCAUCAAGAAAGCAAUAUGAGUUUAUAGAUCUGUUGACGGACAAGAGUUUCGGGUUCAAAGGCGAAUUGGAGGUGAAUUCGUUAAACGAAAAGGGCCUCACGCCACUAGAUGUGUUGCUAUCACAAGGCGGUGAUUGCGAAAUCGAGGAAAUACUUACUUUAAAUGGAGCUACACGAGUUCAAGAAACGAACCCGUUUCUCGAAAUUCCGAUAGAAAACCCGCAAGGGGAACGAAAUACGUGUCGACCCAAAUCCGAGUCGAAGAAACUUCAAGACUACUUCAAGUACGACAAGACCAAAGAGUCUGCGAGCAAAGCUCGAAACACACUCCUCGUGAUCGCCGUGCUAAUCGCCACCGCCGCUUACCAGGCGGUGCUCAGCCCGCCCGGCGGCGUCUGGCAGGACGAUUUCACGCCGGGGACCGAUGCUAAAAACAGCACCACCGCCGCCACCGCCGGGAAACGCCACAGGGCGGGGCAGGCGGUGAUGGGGACCCAAAAUCAAGUCUCGUACGGUUUGUUUCUGCUGUUCAACUCGAUCGGAUUUUUUAUGUCGCUGCACAUGAUGGAUUUUCUGACGCAAGGGCUAUCGAUGAAGUUCGAGCUGAGGAUAGCGCUUUUCGCGUUAGUAGCGACGUACGAUACUUGCAUGGUGGCGAUCACACCUAGUGGAUACGUGUCUGUGUUUUUUAUUGCUCUGUCGGUGGUGAUGCCGAUAGUUAUGCCGCUGUUGACCAUGGUGGUCAGGGAUUAUAGGAAGGGGUGGCGGCGGUGCGAGUCGUCGAGCUCGGUGGCCGCUGUCGGUAUUUGAGGAGGGAUAAG